UCUACUUUUUCACACGUGGUUUCCAGAACACAAACAACUUCUGUGAAUUGUUUUAAAUUUUUGACAUUUGUCCAGUUCAAGAAAAUUGUCAUGUUUUAUCUUGUUGGUCUAGGCCUUGGUGAUUCUAAAGACAUCACUGUCAAAGGCCUUGAAGUCGUCCGGAAAGCCAAGAGAGUGUAUUUAGAGGCAUACACUUCAAUUUUAACUGUUGGCAAAGAAGCUCUAGAAGAGUUCUAUGGGAGAGAAAUUACUCUAGCAGACAGAGAUAUGGUUGAAACUGAGUCAGACACUUUACUAGAGAACUCGGAGAAGGAGGAUAUUGUAUUUCUGGUAGUUGGAGAUCCAUUUGGAGCAACAACCCACACAGACCUUGUGCUUCGAGCCAAACAGAAGGGAGUGAAAUACAAGGUCAUACACAAUGCUUCUAUCAUGAAUGCUAUUGGAUGUUGUGGGCUACAGCUGUACAACUAUGGAGAGACAGUGUCGAUCGUGUUCUGGGAUGACACAUGGAAGCCAGAGAGUUUCUACGACAAGAUCUGUGUCAACCUGGAGAGGGGCAUGCACACUCUCUGUCUGCUUGAUAUCAAAGUGAAAGAGCAGAGUAUUGAGAAUCUCAUGAAAGGACGCAAGAUAUAUGAGCCACCUCGAUACAUGACAGUGAGUCGGGCCGCUGAGCAGCUGCUGGAAAUCGUGGAGAACAGACGAUCCAAGGGACAAAAUGAUUUACGUCUGCAUGAGGAAAGUAUUUGUGUAGGAGUGGCAAGGGUGGGAGCUGAUGACCAGACUGUAUGCACCUCCACACUGAAGAGUAUUCAGUCAUGUGACCUUGGAGGUCCUCUUCAUUCAUUGGUUGUUCCUGGACACAUGCAUCCUCUUGAAUUGGACAUGCUCAAGUUGUUCACAAACGAUCAGACAGUGGUUGAAAAAUUAAAUGAACUGUAUACAUAAUGGAAAUUUUGUUUCAUGUAUUUGCAGACAUAAGUGCAAUAAUACCUUUUGUUUUGUUUUCAUGAUAUACAUACACAUAAAAUAAAUAAGAUACAGUAAAAGUAAUCAUAGAUGAUUAGAGAUGAUAUAUGAAAUGUACCUGAACACAAAAGUCAAAGAAUCGCUUAUAAACAGGAUGUAUUAUUGGGGCAGGGGAGUGUCCAGUAUGUUGUCUGCAAUGACUAUAGAAGCCUGAGUCCAAUCAUCACCAAAUUUGUCCAGGCUGUGAAUUGGCAUAAUAUCUAUGACAUGUUCAAUAACCAGCCAUAUUCAUAUGCUAGAUGCACUCGAAAGUUGUUCCCUUUCAUUAUAGAAAUUACCUAAAAUUGAUCUUGUUCGAUCAAUAACUUUUAAAGCCUUUGUCCAAUCAUCACCAAAUGUGGUCAGAACGUGUAUGGACAUAAUAUCUGGGAAAAGAAUUGAGAACCAGCCAUAUCGCUAGAGUCACUCAAGAGUAUCAGUAUUGUCCAAUCAAUAAUUUAAGAAGCCAUUGUACAAUGAUCACAAAAUUGGGUCAGAAUGAGUAUGGGCAAAAUAUUUCGAACAAGCUCUAUAACCAGCCUUAUUGCCCGAGUCUCUCCACAGAGUUAUCACCCUUAAAUUGUAGAAAUUACCUAAAAUUCGUCUUGUUGGAUCAAUUACUUGAGAAUUCUUUUUCCAAUCAUCACUAAUUAUGGAAAGAAUGUGUAUGGGCAGAAUGUCUUGGUCAGGUUCAACAAACAGCCAUGUCGCCUCUGCGUCCAGAGUUAUGACCCUUGAAUUGGCACAAACUGUAUUUACAAAAAAAAUGCCUGCCUUAAUUUGGUACAAUCACAGAUUGAAUCACUUAUCAUCAAACUUGUCCCAAACUUAGGAAAGGCGUAUUUUGUGACAUUUGAUGCUCUUGUUAAACUUGCAUACAUGUGAUAAAAUUUAUGAAGAUGUGUUGAUCCUAUAUUCAUGUUAAUGAAGGCCUUUAACUCUAGCUUUAAGAAUAGUUGAAUAACACCCCUUUAUUGACUGGAAAAAAGGAUGAGAGUUGGCAUCCAAUUGAUCAAAAAACAUUAUUUUGCUAUACAUGAAUUUACUUUGUAAAAAAUGGUUUUCCAAAAGAAGUCAUGUCACAAACACACCAGUUUGGUUCUCAUGGUUAUUAUUAUAGGUCAGGGUCAGCUGAUCUGAACUUGGUGGUCUUACUCUGCUGAAGAAGCACUGCUUCAUGUCAGUCAUAGCUUUGUUUGAUAGUAUGUUUGACUAGUGAUACUUACUAUUGAAUACUUUUGUAUUACCAUGUACCGUCCAUACAUAUGAUGUAGGAAAACAGUUAUUGUAUUCAAACUUCACUAUGCCUCUGACAAAAGUAAAGCUCAGAUUGUAAUUCAC